AUGAAUGAACUACGUGAUCGGUACAUGAAGCAAGCCCUAAAAGAAGUUCCCGACGAGAUUGCAAACAACUCAAAUUAUUUUCCUUACUUUAAGGACUGCAUUGGUUUGAUAGAUGGCACACAUGUCGACGCGGUGUUACCUAGUGACCUAGUUGCACGGUUUAAAGGGCGAAAAGGGAUCACCCAAAACAUCUUAGUAGUCUGCACCCCCAAUAAACUAUUUACUUAUGUCUUGGCUGGCUGGGAGGGGGCAGCAAAUGAUUAUAGGAUUUUAAAAUACUGUUUAAUUAAUGUAGGUAAAUAUUACCUAUGUGACGCUCGAUACACCACAAUGCCAGGUUUCAUAUCCCCGUAUCACGGUGUUCGAUAUUAUUUAAAAGAGCACACCGGUAGGACACCAAAGAAUAGGAAGGAGUUGUUCAAUUUAAGGCAUUCAUCUUUAAGAUCAAAAAUUGAAUGCACAUUUGGGAUACUGAAGAAUCGGUUUAAAAUUCUUGCGGCGAAGCCGAAUUAUCCAUUUCCCACUCAAGUGGACAUUGUACUAGCGUGUACUGUGUUGCACAACUUUAUUGCCUUGGAGGAUCCGGCUGAUGAUAUUUUCAAUGAAAAUAUUGAAAUUGAUGAAGAUACUGGGGAAGAGACAAAUGAAGACGAUUCAAAUGUGGUGGACUAUACUCAAAGUAGGACACAAAGAGAGGAUCGAGAUGUUAGAAAUGAAUGGAAGGAGAUGCGAGAUCAAAUUGCUUGGGCGAUGUGGGUGGAUUAUUGUGCAAAGUACAAUGGUGGUAACACAAUGGAGAGCGAUUUAGCAUUGGAUGGCAUGAAGCCAGACAAGCACUUCAAGGCUUAA